UCUGAAACAUAAAGACAGACAGAGAGAGAGUUCAGCUCUUCUGUCGCUCUCCCUCCAUCGCUCAGGGCUGCUGCUGGACUCUGGAUUAUUUCUGUGCUGGUGCGUCUGAAACUCAGGUUUGACUUGUUUCCUAAACUUUCUCCUCCUGGACUCGAGUCAGCUCGUCCUGCUGGAGCUCAGGUUUUCCCUCCUGGACGCUGAAACUCGAGCUUUGACUGGAAACUCUGAUAUUUCAUAGUCUCUCUCCUCGAUGCCUCUCUGGACUCGUCUCUGAGUUUCAUCAUGGAGCUUCAGAGCGCCACCAGCGGUCUACCUAGUCUGCCCCUUUCCCCUGGCCCUCUCUCCCCAACCAUGGACUACGCCGGCCCCCUGUCCCCGUCGUCUGCCGGCCCCUCUCACGCGAGCCCAGGCCGGGGUCCGAGCCCCAGCCUCAGCCCCAUCAGGGGGUCGAGCCCCAGCCCCGGUUUCUCGGGCCAGGCUGCCUUCAACUACAACCAGCUGGAGGGGAGGUUUAAACAGCUUCAAGACGAGCGUGAGGCCGUGCAGAAGAAGACUUUCACCAAAUGGGUCAACUCUCACCUGUCCAGAGUCUCGUGCCGGAUCACCGACCUCUACAUGGACCUGCGGGACGGACGCAUGCUCAUCAAACUGCUGGAGGUCCUCUCAGGAGAGAGACUGCCCAAACCCACCAAGGGCCGGAUGCGAAUCCACUGUCUGGAGAACGUGGACAAGGCUCUGCAGUUCCUGAAGGAGCAGAGGGUCCACCUGGAGAACAUGGGCUCUCAUGACAUCGUGGACGGAAACCACCGCCUCACCUUGGGACUCAUCUGGACCAUCAUCCUCCGCUUCCAGAUUCAGGACAUCAGCGUGGAGACGGAGGACAACAAGGAGAAGAAGUCGGCUAAAGACGCUCUGCUGCUCUGGUGUCAGAUGAAGACGGCAGGAUAUCCAAACGUCAACAUCCACAACUUCACCACCAGCUGGAGGGACGGGAUGGCCUUCAACGCCCUCAUCCACAAACACAGGCCCGACCUGAUCGACUUCGACAAGCUGAAGAAAUCAAACGCUCACUACAACCUGCAGAACGCCUUCAACCUGGCCGAGCAACACCUCGGACUGACCAAGCUGCUCGACCCCGAGGACAUCAGCGUGGACCACCCUGAUGAGAAGUCCAUCAUCACCUACGUGGUCACCUACUACCACUACUUCUCCAAGAUGAAGGCUCUGAAGGUGGAGGGGAAGAGGAUCGGCAAGGUGUUGGACAACGCCAUCGAGACGGAGAAGAUGAUCGAGAAGUACGAGUCUCUGGCCUCGGACCUGCUGGAGUGGAUCGAGCAGACCAUCAUCAUCCUCAACAACAGGAAGUUCGCCAACUCUCUGGUGGGCGUGCAGCAGCAGCUGCAGGCGUUCAACACGUACCGCACCGUGGAGAAGCCGCCAAAGUUCACGGAGAAAGGAAACCUGGAGGUCCUGCUGUUCACCAUCCAGAGCAAGAUGAGAGCCAACAACCAGAAGGUGUACACACCCCGAGAGGGGAAGCUCAUCUCCGACAUCAACAAGGCGUGGGAGCGUCUGGAGAAGGCGGAGCACGAGCGGGAGCUGGCUCUGAGGACGGAGCUGAUUCGCCAGGAGAAGCUGGAGCAGCUCGCCCGACGCUUCGACCGCAAAGCCGCCAUGAGGGAGACGUGGCUGAGCGAGAACCAGAGGCUGGUCUCCCAGGAUAACUUUGGAUACGACCUUCAGGCCGUUGAAGCUGCGACAAAGAAACAUGAAGCGAUAGAGACGGACAUCGCAGCGUACGAGGAGCGCGUUCAGGCGGUGGUUGCCGUGGCGAAGGAGCUAGAGGCGGAGAGUUACCAUGACAUCAAGCGCAUCACGGCGAGGAAGGACAACGUGAUCCGGCUGUGGGAGUACCUGCUGGAGCUGCUGAAGGAGCGGCGGCUCCGGCUGGAGAUGAACCUCGGCCUGCAGAGAGUCUUCCAGGAGAUGCUGUACAUCAUGGACUGGAUGGACGAGAUGAAGAUGCUGCUGCUGUCUCAGGAUUAUGGGAAACAUCUGCUGGGGGUGGAGGACCUGCUGCAGAAACACGCUCUGGUGGAGGCCGACAUCGCCAUCCAGGCCGACCGCGUCCGCAACGUCAACGGCAACGCGCAGAAGUUCGCCAACGACAUGGACGGUUAUAAGCCGUGCGAUCCUCAGAUCAUCCGGGACCGGGUGGCUCACAUGGACUUCUGUUACCAGGAGCUGAGUCAGCUGGCGGCUGAGCGGCGAGCUCGCCUCGAGGAGUCGCGUCGCCUCUGGAAGUUCUUCUGGGAAAUGGCCGAAGAGGAGGGCUGGAUCAGGGAGAAGGAGCAGAUCCUGUCCUCCGAGGAUUAUGGGAAGGACCUGACGGGGGCGCUGCGACUGCUGAGUCAGCACAAAGCCUUCGAGGACGAGAUGAGCGGGCGAGCCGCCCACCUGCAGCAGACCAUCAAACAGGGCGAGGAGCUCGUGGCCAACAACCACUUCGGAGCCGACAAGAUAAAAGAACGGAUCCAGGACAUCCAGGAGCAGUGGGCGGCUCUCGAGCGUCUCUCCGCCGUCCGUAAAGCUCGUCUGCAGGAGGCGUGUAACCAGCACCAGUUCCAGGCCGACGCCGACGACAUCGACACGUGGAUGCUGGACGUGCUGCGGAUCGUCUCCAGCGUGGACGUCGGCCAUGACGAGUUCUCCGCUCAGGCUCUGGUGAAGAAGCACAAGGACGUGGCCGAGGAGAUCGGAAGCUACCGGCCGGUCAUCGACGCUCUGCACGAGCAGUCUCGCACGCUGCCGCCUGAGAAGGCCAACUCCGAGGAGGUUCAGAACAGGCUGGCGGGCAUCGAGGAGCGCUAUAAGGAGGUGGUGGAGCUGACCCGGCUCAGGAAACAGGCGCUGCAGGACGCUCUGGCGCUCUACAGGAUGCUGAGCGAAGCGAACGCCUGCGAGGUGUGGAUCGACGAGAAGGAGCAGUGGCUCAACAGCAUGGAGAUCCCAGAGAAACUGGAGGACCUGGAGGUGGUCCAGCACCGGUUUGAGAGUUUGGAGCCGGAGAUGAACAAUCAAGCGUCCAGAGUUGCCGUGGUGAACCAGGUUGCCAGGCAACUGAUCCACAGUGGACAUCCCAGUGAGAAGGAGAUCAAAGCCCAACAAGACAAACUCAACACCAGAUGGAGUCAGUUCAGAGAUCUGGUGGACCAGAAGAAAGACUGCCUGAACUCAGCUCUUGGAGUCCAGAACUACCACCUGGAGUGUAACGAGACCAAGUCCUGGAUCAAAGAGAAGACCAAGGUGAUCGAGUCGACCCAGGAGCUGGGGAACGACCUGGCCGGCGUCAUGGCUCUGCAGAGGAAGCUGACGGGGAUGGAGCGCGACUUGGCCGCCAUCGAAGACAAGUUGGCCGACCUGGGAAAAGAGGCGGACCGUUUGGCCUCAGAGCACCCGGAACAGUCUGAGGCCAUCAAGGGACGUCUGGCGGAGAUCACCGGUGUCUGGGACGAGAUGAAGGACACCAUGAAGAACCGUGAGGAGUCCCUGGGUGAGGCCAGCAAGCUGCAGCAGUUCUUGCGUGAACUGGACGACUUCCAGUCAUGGCUGUCGCGGACACAGACCGCCAUCGCCUCUGAGGAUAUGCCCAACACGCUCACCGAGGCCGAGAAGCUGCUGGCCCAGCAUGAGGGCAUCAAGAACGAAAUCCGCAACUACGAGGAGGACUACCAGAAGAUGCGGGACAUGGGCGAGAUGGUGACGCAGGGCCAGACGGACGCGCAGUACAUGUUCCUGCGACAGCGGCUGCAGGCGCUCGACACUGGCUGGAACGAGCUGCACAAGAUGUGGGAGAACCGGCAGAACCUGCUGUCCCAGUCCCACGCUUACCAGCUGUUCCUCAGGGACACCAAGCAGGCCGAGGCCUUCCUCAACAACCAGGAGUACGUCCUCGCCCACACCGAGAUGGCGAGCACUCUGGAGGGAGCCGAGGCUGCCAUCAAGAAGCAGGAGGACUUCAUGACCACCAUGGACGCCAACGAGGAGAAGAUCAGCGCCGUGGUCGACACCGGCCGGCGCCUGGUAACCGAUGGCAACAUCAACGCCGAGCGCAUCCAGGAGAAGGUGGACUCCAUCGACCAGAGACACAAGAAGAACCGAGCAGCUGCCAACGACCUGCUGAUGAGGCUCAAGGACAACAGAGACCUGCAGAAGUUCCUGCAGGACUGCCAGGAGCUGUCGCUGUGGAUCAAUGAGAAGAUGCUGACGGCUCAGGACAUGUCGUACGACGAGGCCAGGAACCUCCACAGCAAGUGGCUCAAACACCAGGCCUUCAUGGCCGAGCUGCAGUCCAACAAGGAGUGGCUGGACAAGAUCGACAAGGACGGACAGGCGCUGAUGGCGGAGAAACCGGAGACGGAGGCCAUGGUCAAAGAGAAGCUGGCGUCCCUGAAGACGAUGUGGGAGGACCUCGAGUCGACCACCCAGACCAAAGCCAAGUGUCUGUUCGACGCCAACAAGGCCGAGCUGUUCACCCAGAGCUGCGCCGACCUCGACAAGUGGCUGUCCAGCCUGGAGGGUCAGCUGCAGUCUGACGACUACGGCAAAGAUCUGACCUCCGUCAACAUCCUGCUCAAGAAGCAGCAGAUCCUGGAGAGCCAGGUGGAGGUGCGUCAGAAGGAGGUGGAGGAGCUGCAGAGCCAGUCGCAGGCCCUCAGUCAGGAGGGCAAAGGCUCGGAGGAGGUGGACGGCCAGCGGCUCAGCGUGGAGACCAAGUUCCAGUUCCUCCAGGCGCCGCUGAUGAAGAGGCGAGACAACCUGAUGGCGUCCCGCGAGAUCCACCAGUUCAACCGCGACGUGGAGGACGAGAUCCUCUGGGUCGAGGAGAGGAUGGCUCUAGCAACAUCGACCGACCACGGGCACAACCUGCAGACUGUACAGAUGCUCAUCAAGAAGAACCAGACUCUGCAGAAGGAGAUCCAGGGCCAUCAGCCGCGCUACGACGACAUCUUCGAGCGCAGCCAGCACGUCCUGAGGGAGGACAGCCCGACGGCCGAGCUGAUUCGCCAGCGGCUCGCCGACCUCCAGUCGCUAUGGGAACAGAUCAGGAAGGAGACCGAGAAGCGCCACGCCCGCCUGAGCGAGGCCCACAAGGCCCAGCAGUACUACUUCGACGCCGCCGAGGCCGAGGCCUGGAUGAGCGAACAGGAGCUCUAUAUGAUGUCAGAGGAGAAGGCCAAGGACGAGCAGAGUUCGGUAGCCAUGCUGAAGAAGCAUCAGAUCCUGGAGCAGGCGGUGGAGGACUACGCCGACACCGUCCACCAGCUGUCCAGCACCAGCCGGGGCCUGGUGGCCGCCGAACACCCCGACAGCGAGCGCAUCGGGAUGCGUCAGUCUCAGGUGGAUAAACUUUACGCCGGGCUGAAGGAUUUGUCGGAGGAGCGUCGGGGGAAGUUGGACGAGCGUUUCCGUCUCUUCCAGCUCAACCGGGAGGUCGACGACCUGGAGCAGUGGAUCGCCGAGCGGGAGGUGGUGGCCGGAUCUCACGAGCUGGGACAGGACUACGAACACGUCACCAUGCUGCAGGAGCGCUUCAGAGAAUUUGCCCGUGACACCGGGAACAUCGGCCAGGAGCGCGUGGACACCGUCAACCGUCAGGCAGACGAGCUGAUCAACACCGGCCACGGCGACGCCGCCACCAUCGCGGAGUGGAAAGACGGCCUGAACGAGGCCUGGGCCGACCUGCUGGAGCUCAUCGACACCCGGACGCAGAUCCUCGCCGCCUCCUACGAACUCCACAAGUUCUACCACGACGCCAAGGAGAUCCUCAACCGCAUCCUGGACAAACACAAGAAGCUUCCAGAGGAGCUGGGCCGGGACCAGAACACCGUGGAGACCCUGCAGAGGAUGCACACCACCUUCGAACACGACAUUCAAGCACUGGGAACACAGGUGCGGCAGCUUCAGGAGGACGCGGUCCGCCUGCAGUCUGCUUACGCUGGAGACAAAGCUGACGACAUUCAGAAGAGAGAAGGCGAGAAGAGAAAGGGAGAGGUCCUCGAGGCCUGGAAGAAUCUGCUGGAGGCGGCGGAGGGCCGCCGGGUGAAGCUGGUGGACACCGGAGACAAGUUCCGCUUCUUCAGCAUGGUGCGGGAUCUGAUGCUGUGGAUGGAGGACGUCAUCCGCCUGAUCGAGGCCCAGGAGAACCCCAGAGACGUGUCGUCGGUGGAGCUGCUGAUGAACAACCACCAGGGCAUCAAGGCGGAGAUCGACGCCCGCAACGACAGCUUCACCGCCUGCAUCGAGCUCGGCAAAGCUCUGCUGGCCAGGAAGCACUACGCUUCAGAGGAGAUUAAAGAAAAGUUGUUGCAGUUGACGGACAAGAGGAAAGACAUGAUUGACAAGUGGGAGGACAGAUGGGAGUGGCUUCGACUGGUCCUGGAGGUGCACCAGUUCUCCCGGGACGCAGGUGUGGCCGAGGCGUGGCUGCUGGGUCAGGAGCCGUACCUGUCCAGCCGGGAGAUCGGGCAGAACGUGGACGAGGUGGAGAAACUCAUCAAACGCCACGAGGCCUUCGAGAAGUCGGCCGCCACCUGGGAGGAACGCUUCGCCGCUCUGGAGAGGCUGACCACGAUGGAGUUAUUGGAAGUGAGAAGAGCACAAGAGGAAGAAGAGAAGAAGAGACAACCUCCGCCCACUGAGGCUCAGCCAGGCGACGCUGUAGAUCAGCCAAGGGAGGGUGAGCCGGUGUCUCAGAACGGGCUGCCGUCCGAUCAGGAGUCUCCCAGGGAGAACGUUGAAGGGGGUGAGGUUGUGAACGGGGUGUCGGAGCCCAGUCCCGCGGGGUCUCCCGGGGCGUCUCGUAAGGGCAAGGCCAGCCAGGCAGCGACCCUGCCGGCCAAGACCCAACAGGAAGCCCCCACGUCCCAGCUGGAGGGCUUCCUGCACCGCAAACACGAGUGGGAAGGGCAUAACAAGAAGGCUUCAAGCAGGUCGUGGCACAAUGUGUACUGUGUGAUCAACCAGCAGGAGAUGGGUUUCUAUAAGGAUCAGAAGAGCGCCAGUCAGGGUAUCCCCUACCACAGCGAGAUUCCAGUCAGCCUGAAGGACGCCGUCUGCGAGGUGGCACUGGACUACAAGAAGAAGAAACACGUCUUCAAGCUCAAGAUUACUGACGGGAACGAGUAUCUCUUCCAAGCCAAAGAUGACGAGGAGAUGAACACGUGGAUCUCGGCCAUCUCGGCCGCCAUGUCGGGCGACAAAUCGGAGGUCACCCCCAGCAGCCAUAGCACGCCCGCCCCUGCCGCACGCGCUCAGACGCUGCCCGCCUCCGUCGCCACGGCAGCAACCGUCGAGUCCAGCCCGGGCAAACGAGAGAAAGACAAGGAGAAGCGCUUCAGUCUGUUCAGCAAGAAGAAAUAGACGCUCCUCCUUCCCUCCCUCCUUCCCUCCCUCCUUCCUCCUCCCUCCUCUUCCCUUUGGUGCUGUUUGGGGUCGCUCCUCAUCAUCGAUCCAUCUUCGGUCAAAUAUUUGUCGAAGAUGUUCACGUCAGUCGACCGAAUUUUGGUUUUAGAGUCAGCUCGUAGCAACUGAUACUGUAACAAGUAAAAACUAGAAUAACUUCAAUUCAAUCCAAACGUAAAGUUCAGAUAACGACCACGCGGUAAUUGGACGAGGAUGAGCAGUUUUUCUUAACACAGUUAAAGACGUGGACUCUUCCUGCCGUCCCAAACAGCCGCUCUUUCUUCCUUUUCCUCUUCCUCCUCCUCGUUUUUUCUUCUUCCCCUCCCUCCUCUUCCUCUUCAAAGCGUGACUCCAGCAUGCAAGCUCCGAGCCAAAACUCUCCACUCUGUGCCUAUCAACCGUCCGGUCCGGCUCAGAGCUUCAGUACAGCUACAACAACACACCGCCUGUAUCCUCUGUUCAGUUUUUGUAAGUAAGGAGCAGGAGAUGAGAAACGGGGUCUGCAAACGCUUCAGGCAGCUGCUGUCAUCGAAAUCAAACCCAGAGUUUGCCGCUGAACAACAAACACGACGCAGAGGAGCUCCCAGAAUAUUCCUCUUUAUUAUUCUUAAUGCUAAUAUUUGUGUUUUCUAUCUUCUCUUUUUUGUUCUUCUUCUCUGCUUUCUCAUCAUCCCAGCUUUUCGUCGACUACUGCCUUUUCGUGGGUUGUGUUUACGCUCCCGAGUCGUCUCAGUUUUUUUCGUUUCUUUAGUUUUUUCGGGAAGUUGUAGGUAGUUCCUGUUAGGGUCCAUCUUCAGUUUUUGCGAGGCCUUGUCUUUGCAAGAUGACGUGUAUCCCUCUGUAGUGGGGAAAACUGAGACCAUGGCGGGGUAAACCUCUGAAAUUACACCUCUCAAACUGAAAGUGCUAAAAGUCAAACACGUGAACAGAAUCUGAAGUAGACACGAGCGCCCUGAACGCGUCGCAUCAUGCACUGAAUCAUCCUGCUUUUCCUGUCGGUCACGUUCGUGCAAUAAACCUGUGAAAAGCGAAGAACCGUCAUCGCGUUCUGUUCGGUUCUGGUGCUGCAGACGGAACAGAACCAGGACGUACAGGCUGUAAUUCGGAGUGUUACCCUGCGGUGCUUUGAACUGUAUGUAUAACUUGUGUAUAACAAACUGUUAUAAAAUAAACCUGUGUUUAAUUUCAGCUAUUAUUAUUAUUAUUACUAAUAAGUCCUACCGACCGUAAUAAGCUUCAUUUGAAUAUAACUUUCUUUAACGAUGUGUACACUUAGCAGAUGAAAUGAAGGAGCCGUCGAGUCAAACUCGACUCGCCGGUGCGAUAAUUAACUAAGACCAGUAAGAAUGUUUGUUAACUCAAACUUUAAAGCAUCCAAUAAGUUUUAUUUUCUACUCUUGAAUCAUUUCCAAUCAUUUAUUUCUUCCCUUUAGUUUCUUUAGUUUCCUCCCGUCUGUGUUCUGUCUAAGGUUUAUUUAGUCUGACAAGUACGGAGACGUAGAUGUAUUAUAGAAAAAACAAAAUGACUUUAAGCAUCGCUGUUAAGUGGACGAGUCGGUUCUUUAAAAAGCAUUUACUGGAAGUGAGUAAUGUUGCAGAGUAAUGGUCGCUUGCUUGUUGGCUUCAGCACUCCAUUUUUAUUCUUUUUUCCAGUUUAAGACUUUUGCCACCGCGCAGUGAAAUCUGCCCAGUUACUCGUUUGUACGGAAGUCCUUUAACGGCCAAAUCAACAGAAGAAAUCUGAGUAAUUAGAUUCGUGGCUUUAAUCAACGUACGUUUGAACUUUAAUUUGUUGGUUGAACAUUAAUAACACAUCUUCUCCAUCUGUAGUCUCUGGACAGAUGUUACAAAAUGAUUGAGAUCAUGUAUAAAUGUGCAGAACAAUGACAAAAAGAAAAGAAAACAAUAAUUAUACAACGCUGCCAAGUACGAUUUAAAACAUUAAACAGAUAAAAUAAGGAAUUCUAAUGUUCUGAAAUUCAUGAUUAUUGAAAAUUACAUUUAUAAUUAAAAUUAUUGGCUCGUUUCCACGUUUAGUUUUGUUGUAAUUUUGUCAUUAAUAAACUUCCGUACAAAUCAGAAGCCAGCUGGAACAAAGCUGGGUGCGCUUGUUUUACCCACAGCUGGUGGUGGUGAUGGUGGGUCGGGUGGGGUGCUUGGUCCUGAACUGUUUCCUGUUUUCUUUCUUCUUCCUGUUUUUUUUUUUUUCUUUCUGAUGCAGUUUGAUGAAUAUAGUGUGCAUUUCCUCUGUCACUGUAACCAUAGUAACGAGAUAUUUCUUCAUAUUGCA